GAAAAAGCGGCGCGGCUAAUUCAAGAUGGCGGAGAUGGACCAGCUGUUAGACGAGAGCUCUUCAGCAGAGGCACUCGUCAGUCUAAAAGAGGGCAGCUUGUCCAACACUCUGAAUGAAAAAAACAGCUUCCCAAGAGCUCACAACACCAGGGGACGGCAUUCCUCCGUCACGAUGGACACGCCCACGCGGAGCUCAAAGAGGAGCCGUUUGUUCCGGGACGAAGACGAGCCGCCCCAGCAGCGACUCCCUUCCAGGUCCCCUCGGAGGAGCCAGAGGGUCACCACCACACCACAGAAGUUUUCGACUGUUGUGACACCAGAUAAGAAGGCGUCCCAAAAAAUAGGGCUGAGAUUAAGAAACCUCCUCAAACUUCCCAAAGCUCACAAAUGGUGCAUCUAUGAAUGGUUCUACUCCAAUAUCGACAGGCCUCUUUUUGAGGGCGACAAUGAAUUCUGCCUGUGUCUCAAAGAGUCUUUUCCCAACCUGAAGACAAGAAAGCUGACGAGAGUUGAGUGGGGAACAAUAAGGAGACUGAUGGGGAAACCUCGACGGUGUUCAUCAGCAUUUUUUGCAGAAGAGCGAACAGCGCUGAGACAGAAGCGGCAGAAAAUGCGGCUGCUGCAGCAAAGAAAACUGUCCGACGUGUCAAACUGCAAAGACCUUCCUGAAGAAAUCCCCCUGCCGCUCAUCAUAGGAACCAAAGUCACUGCUCGACUCCGGGGCGUCCAUGACGGACUGUUCACAGGGCAGAUUGAUGCAGUCGACACUAGUGCUGCCACCUAUCGUGUCACCUUCGACCGCAGUGGCCUGGGAACACACACUGUGCCUGAUUACGAAGUCCUGAGCAACGAGCCCAACGAGACCAUGCCUAUUUCAGCCUUUGCCCAGAAGCACCGGUCGACGCGCUUCAUGCAGAACCUCAUGACUCCGCCCAGAGGGCCCUACCCGUCCGCUACCACUCCUGUCCACAUGGACAAUGACCCUCUUAUCAACCAGUCACCAUGGAGGAACAAACUGCCCGGUGCUGAGGGAGACACACUGGGAGGAUUUCCUGUUAAAUUCCUGGUCCAAGUGACGAGGCUGUCCAAAAUCCUCAUGAUCAAGAAAGAGCACAUUAAACACUUGAAAGAAAUGAACACGGAGGCUGAGAAGCUGAAGUCGUACUCGAUGCCUAUUGACCUGGACUUCCAGAAGCGAUAUGCGACCACUGUGCUCGAACUGGAGCAGCUCAAUAAAGAUCUCAACAAGGUGCUUCAUGAAGUUCAGCAGUUCUGCUGUGAGCUUGCUCCGGAUCAGGGCAUGGUUCCAGCCGACCAUCCCACAGAGCUGCGGCGACGCUGCGAAGAAGAGGCCCAGCAGAUGGUGCAGCUCAUCAGCUCGCCCAAGGACGGACAGCAAAGUGCGACCAAUCCCAGCCUCACUCACCUCAUCUCCCGCCUCACUGCCCUGCUCCUGCAGAUCAAGUGUCUGGCAGACGGAGGAGAUUUGAAUUCAUUUGAGUUUAAAUCUCUAACAGACUCCCUGAAUGACAUCAAGGCAUCGAUUGAUCCCUCCAACCACAGUUGCUUCCAGAACAACGUCGAGAUCCACGUGGCACACAUCCAGAGCGGCCUUAGUCAGCUGGGCAAUCUGCAUGCGUUUGCUGCCAACAACACCAAUGCAGUCUGAGUACCUGCAUCGUCCCUAAAACACACACACAGGUGCAUGCACACACACACGCAGAGGUGUGGUACGUUAAUGUUGUCUUUUGAAAAUGGUGCUUUCACCUGAACUGUCAAGACUACAAAAAGAAAAAAAAAAAAAAAGAGGCUCAUGUUGAUGUUGUGGAUCACCAUCGUACAAUCUGAGCGGUUGGUUUUCUUUGGGAAUUCAGAGUUCUGCACAGACUCCUGUUGGGAGUUUUCAUCUAAAGGAGACGGAGGAUGUCAGAUGUUUUAUUCGCCCGUUUUAUUGUAUGGAAAUGUUUGCGCACCCAACUGAACACAAGUCUGAAAGAAUCUUUAGCUAUCGCCACAAUCUCACAUCUCCAAAUUCUGAACAUGUUAUUUAUUGGUUUCAUGUGCCAAACAUUGAUUCUAACAGUUUUUAUAGUUCAUAUUUAUUUAUUUUUGCGUAGGUGUGUAUGGUUAUGAAACGAUAUUUUGCUAUCUCUAACGUUUUCCCCUGGAUGUGUUGUUGCUCCGCCGACGGUAAGCACAGGGGGAUCGAAAGAAUGUUUUAUAAAAUUGUUUAUUGUAGAUAAUUGUACAAUAUCUCUGAUUAUUAGGACUAUUGUCGACAUUUCUGCUGCGUAUUCGGAAAUGGAUUUUGUAAUUUUGUGUGCACUGAAAAGAGAUUUUGGUAUUUUUAUAAAGGAGAACUCCGGGGUUUUGAUGCCUUUUACUCCCUAAGAUCUUAGCAUUUCCACGUUUGGCAUGGCUGUUGCUGCAACCCCCCCCCCCCCACACACACACACACACACACACACACACACACACACACUAAGCCUGCAUCACUGACGUAACCCUGAAAACUCAAGUCAACAGUUCUUUCCUAGAGAAUCUCCUUUUUCAGUUUUGUAAAGUUGUAUAUGAGAGUGCCUCAGGGCAAUUGUAAAUAAAUGUUUCUGUCUUUUUAUAUUAAACAUAAUAUUGCAACGCA